GAUUUGACAGAUGACGUUAGCAGAAAAUGGCGAUAAAUUGAUUGAAAAGAACGUCAUAUGCUUUGUAUUUCUUUAAUUUUAUAUUUUUUGUGUUUUAAGAUUUUUAAUCUUUAGUAGCAAGUAGUUCUAUCAGCAGAUUCAAAUUCAGUGUUACCGAUAUUUAGUGUUUAACUCUUUUUUUGGUACAUUUUAAAUAGUAUUAACAUUGUUAAUCUAAGGUAUUAACAAUAGUCAACUAAAAUGGAGAGUCCUUCGAGCUCAAGAGGUCCUUCUAAACUAGAACAGACCCAGCAACAGGUAAAUGAAGUUGUUGGAAUAAUGCGUGUAAAUGUUGAAAAAGUUCUUGAAAGAGAUCAAAAAUUGUCUGAGCUAGAUUCAAGAGCUGAUGCUUUACAAGAAGGUGGUAAAAGGUUUGAGCAACAGGCUCAGAAAUUGAAACGAAAAUAUUGGUGGAAAAACAUUAAAAUGAUGAUUAUUAUUGGUGUUAUUGCAGUUAUUCUGUUAAUCAUUAUUAUUUUUUCACUAACUGGAAGUAGUAGCAGUGACUCUUCUGGUAACAAAGUGGAGAACACCAAGGCUAUUGAAAACAAUCCUAAGUAAAUGGCAUUGGUAUGGUUUUAUAUUAAUUAUAUGAUAUUCCAGAGUAAUGUACUACUACUUCUUAAUGCUUUUUCUUUUGGUUAUAUUUAGAGUAUAAGAUCUUUUCUUGUAACACAAAUUAAUUAAAGUGCCUUAAAUUGUGUCAAUACCAAUAUAAACAAAUAUUUUUAUAAUUUUUACCACAUAGCUUAAUCUUUAUAAUGUAAUUUGUGACUACUUAAUAUCUUAUACAUUUGAGUAUAAAUUUUUAGUUUAAAGGUUUUAUAUAAAAAAUGUGAUUCGUAAAACCUCUAUAUAUUUAUUACUAUAGGCAGAUGUUUAAAUACAUAAUUUAUUAAAAAUAUAUUUCUAUAGCUAUAUUUCUCUAUUAAAUAUUUCAAAUAUUUAAUAGUACACAUUUGUAUUAGUUUACUGUUAUCUGUAUAUACAUAUUAAAUAAAACUUCAAUAUAAGUAUUAAUUAAAA